AUGGCUUUCCAGGCGAUGGCUAAGGACUUCGACCUUCUCAGGUCGCAGCUCCUGGACGUGAUCAAGGCGAACCGCGCCAAGGGGGUCUCGAGCGAUGAACAUCCGUCAGUUUGUGGUGAGACCGCUCAAGACCACUGCCUGGUCGAGGGGCCAGCAGCCCUUCCACCCAUGGCCAUAUCCCUACUGGAGCAGGUCCAGGAGUACAAUGCGAAUCCAGGUAAAGAGCGAUUUUCGAAGAUGGUGACUUUGGCCGAGCAGAUGGAUGCAACCUCUCUGUUGGUGUCGGCGAGGGUUCUGAUGGAGAUCUUGGUCCAAGCGAACCUUGCAGAGUCUCAUCAACGGCUGCGAGCGUUCAAGCAUGCCCUGAAAAGCUUCGUGACCAUGGACUUCCAGGACCCGGGCGACACCGCGAUCAAGACUUUUCGCGGCUGUUUUAACAAGAUGACCGCAGAGGGCAUCACCCAUGAACAGAUCCGGGAGGCUCUUGUGAACCACAAGAUCGAGCUCGUCUUGACAGCGCAUCCGACGCAGGCCCAGCGCCGGAGCAAUCUGAAGAAGCACGAGAGCAUCUCGCAGCUUCUCAAGGUGCACGAUGCCAAGGACUCCCUCACGCCCGGCGAGCAAGAAGAGCUGCGGGCCAAGAUCCAGGCUCUUCAGUGGAGCUGCUGGCGCACCAACGCAGUCCGGCGCAACCGGCCCACUGCAGAAGGUGAAGCACGCAAUGGAAUGCUGGUGAUCGAGGAUGCGGUCUGGACGGCAGUUCCGGAGCAUUACCGACGUAUCGACCGCUGCUUGAAGCACCGUGGGAUGCCAGCGCUUCCCUACGAUGCCUCGGUCAUCAAGAUGAGUACUUGGAUGGGUGGCGAUCGGGAUGGCAACCCCAAUGUCACGGCCUAUACGACUCGUCGAGUCAAUGCUCUUCUGCGGUGGCGCAUCGCCGAACUCUAUUACACUGAGGUCGAUGCCUUGCUUUUCGACUUGUCAAUGACGGGUGCCACCAGUGAGGAGCUGCAACAGGAGUUGAAGAGUUUGGCAAGCAUGUGGCCGGCUCCCACUUCCGACGGUGACAAGGUCUGCGUUCCAGACACUCGCUGCGGUGUCCACUUCAACUUCCAGAAUGGCGUUGCUCCCGACGAGCCUUACCGCCGGGUGCUCAUGAGCGUUCGCCGCCGGCUCUUCCGCACGAAGAAAUCCAUGGAGAGCCUCUACCUGGGCAAGCCAGUGGACAAGGACUUCGAAUCAGAGAUAUACAAGAGCACCACAGAACUCGCACGGCCUCUGGAGAUUGUUUACCGAUCCUUAGUGACCACGGGCGAUGAGGUCUUGGCAAAUGGUCGCCUGUUGGAUCUAAUCCGCAGAGUCCGCACCUUCGGCGUCAGCCUGGCUUGUCUGGACAUUCGACAGGAGUCCGACAGGCACGAGGAGGUCAUGAACGCCAUCACCCAAUACCUGGGGCUGGGGUCCUACUCGUCUUGGACGGAGCAGGCGAAGUGUGAUUGGCUUCUCGACGAGAUCCAGUCCCGGCGUCCUCUCCUGUCACCAGACAUGCCAAUGGGCGACAUUGUCCAGGAAGUCAUUGAGACGUUCCGCACGAUCGCAGACCUUCCUCCAGAGACUGUAGGUGCCUAUUGCAUUUCGAUGUCUCGCGCCACCUCAGACAUAUUGGCGGUUUGCUUGCUGCAGAAGAUCGGCGGCGUGAAGCAGUUCAUGCGCAUCAGCCCCUUGUUCGAGACCAGGGAGGACCUGCAGGCAGCACCUCGUGUGAUCGAUUCACUCUUGGGCAUUCCUUGGUACAAGGACCACGUUAACGGCAAGCAGGAGGUCAUGCUGGGCUACUCCGACUCGGUGAAGGAUGCUGGGAAAUUCGCGUCCACCUGGGCCCUACAUGUCGCCAUGGAGAAGCUGGUGGAAGUCGGCCAGAAGCAUGGAGUGGAGGUCACAUUCUUCCACGGCCGUGGCGGCACGAUCAGCCGCGGCGGCGGGCCUCCUCACCUCACGCUUCUGAACCAGCCGGCGGGGUCCAUCACUCGCCACUUACGUCUCACAGUGCAAGGUGAGAUGAUUCAGCAGCACUUCAUGAACCCAGAGGUGGCAGAGCACACCAUGGAGCGAUAUGCAGUGGCCGUGCUGGAACAUAUUCUUACACCUCCGCCUCUGCCGUCUCCGGAGCACCGGGCUGCAAUGGAAGAGCUGGCAGGUCUUUCCGCCAAGGAUUACCAGACAACCGUUUUUCGCUCGCAGGAAGAUCAAUUUGUGAAGUACUUCCAUGCUGCCACCCCUUCGGCAGAGCUGGCACAGAUGAAUAUUGGCUCAAGGCCAGCCAAGCGACGCAACUACGGAGGAAUUGACACACUGAGGGCAAUUCCCUGGAUCUUCGCAUGGACACAGACGCGACUUCUGCUGCCGGUGUGGUUAGGCAACGGUGCUGCCUUGGACAAGUUCAUCACAGAUGGCAAGCUACAGCUCCUCCAGUCGAUGUAUUCGAAGUGGCCAUUCUUCAAGUCCAUGCUUGACCUUAUCGACAUUGAGCUAGGCAAGGCCGAUGAACACAUUGCAGCUCACUACGACUCGAAGAUUUGCGACGACGCACUGAAGCCCUUGGGUCAGGAUCUCCGCCAACGAUUGGCUCAGGCCACCACUUCCGUCCUUCAGGUCAAGCAGGAGAAGGAGGUUUUGUCCGCGGAGCCGAGCACGAAGUUGGCCAUAGGAAUGCGGAGGCCAUAUCUGGAUGCAACUCACGUGAUUCAAGCUGAGGUGCUUCAGCGCUUGCGCAAAGCCGGCGAGCAGACCUCCGAGGAGCUUGCUGAUGCCAUGAUUGUGAGUAUCCAGGGUAUUGCUGCAGGAAUGCAGAACACUGGGUGCAUGUGCACUCUGGGCUUGAGGUGUUCCAGUGCCAAGGCAACUCUUCUGAAAUGCCUGUCCUACCUAGCCAUGAAUCGGUUCAUGGGUCCUCAAGCACGGCUUUUUACGUCCGCGAGGAUUAGCCGUGGCGUGCCCGGUGACUUCAAGGUUGAUGCAGAUGAGACCAGCACCGUGGACUCCAGCGGCAGUGAUGUCGAGAAGGAGGAGAUCGAUGUUCAGUCGUGGAGCAUUGUGGGUCGGAAGAUCUUUGAGCGCCUCGCCGACGACGAUAGUGAUGAUGACUUCGACGUCAUGAAGAACGUGCCAAUCAACACCCAUGCUUGGAGUGCCGUCGGGGCCAAGAUCUUCAACACCCUCGCAGAUUUCAGCGACGAUGAGGAUUGA